CUAUCAAAUUUCCAUCUACAAAUCACCCCAAUCCACACAAUCUCCACCCCCAUCAUGCAUAAGUUAGGCAUAUUGGUUGGAUAUUUUUGCAUUCUCUCUCUUGUAACUUAGAGUGCUCCGCCAUGCUCACUUUCUCUCUCUAUAAAUACAUAGUAGAAUGAACGCAUGUGAAACAGGGGUAGAGAGAGAAAAGGGCAUAAUGGAUGGGAAGAAGCUUGAGUACAAGGGAGAGAAGGCCUUGGAAGAGGUGGAGAAGCUAACCAUGAAUGCUGGAGAGAUCCAGGAUCAAAUAUUGGAGGAGAUUUUAAGGAGGAAUUGGAGGACUGAAUACUUGUAUGAGUAUUUGAGAGGGUCGAGAAAUAAAGAAGAGUUCAAGAGGAGGGUACCUGUGGUUAGUUAUGAUGAUAUAAAGCCUCUCAUUCAAAGGAUUGCGAAUGGAGAGCAUUACUCCCUUAUUUCUGGAGACCCCAUCACUGAAUUGUUAACUAGCUCGGGAACUUCGGGUGGAGAGUCGAAGCUGAUGCCAUCGAUAGCUGAGGAUAUAGACAGGAGGACAUAUCUCUACAACCUUCUCAUGCCCAUCAUGAACAAGCAUGUCUCAGGCCUUGACAUGGGCAAGGCAAUGUACCUCUACUUUGUGAAGGCAGAGACGUCGACACCAUCCGGGCUUCCUGCUAGGCCAGUCCUCACUAGCUACUACAAGAGUGAGCACUUCAGACACCGCCCCUUCGACCCCUAUAACAACCUCACUAGCCCAGAUAAGACCAUCCUAUGUCAAGAAAUCUCCCAAAGCAUGUACUGCCAACUUUUAUGCGGUCUCAUCUUUAGACAAAAGGUCUUACGCUUAGGAGCUGUCUUUGCCUCUGCUUUUUUGAGAGCAAUUAACUUCUUAGAACAAAACUGGCAACGAAUGUGUGUAGACAUAGAGACUGGCAAUCUCGAUCCCUUGAUCACUGAUCCCGGAUGCUUAGAAGCCAUGUCGAGGGUUUUAAGGCCGGAUCCCCAGCUUUCCACUGAGAUUUCUAGGCUCUGCGAAAGAGAGUGCUGGGGUGGCAUACUAUGUGAGUUAUGGCCAAAGGCUAAGUACAUAGAGGUUAUAGUGACUGGGUCUAUGUCACAAUAUAUACCAGCCUUGAAUUACUAUAGUGGGGGUAGGCUUCCAUUGGUUAGUACUAUGUAUGCUUCUUCGGAGAGUUAUUUUGGUGUGAAUUUGGAGCCAUUGUGUGAGCCUGCAAGUGUGGCUUACACUCUUUUGCCAAACAUGGCUUACUUUGAGUUUGCACCCAUUGCGAAGGGGGAGGGGACGGUGUCGGAGGAGCCAGUGAGCCUUGUCGAUGUGGAAGUGGGCCGCUUUUAUGAGCUCAUUGUCACCAAUUUUGCAGGUUUAUACAGGUACCGCAUAGGCGAUGUGGUCCAGGUUACAGGAUUCCACAACCAAGCACCGCAAUUCCGCUUUAUUUGCCGGAGGGACGUCAUCCUCAGCAUCGACACUGAUAAGACCACCGAAGAGGACCUCCACCGCGCUGUGGCCUCCGCGAAGAAGCUUUUAGAACCCUCGAGGCUCUUCCUCGUGGAGUACACAUCAUAUGCUGACACAUCAUCCAUCCCUGGCCACUAUGUCCUCUUCUGGGAGAUCGGCCCCGCCACCUCAGUACGCCUGUCCCCACACAAUUCAGUAAUGGAGGCAUGUUGUGCUAACAUGGAGCAAUCACUGGGUGAUGUGUACAGAAGGUGUAGGAGCACCGAUAAGUCCGUGGGACCCCUUGAGAUACGCCUGGUCUGCCCCGGCACCUUCGAUGCACUUAUGGACCUAUCUGUUAGCAAUGGCGGUUCAGUUAACCAGUAUAAGACUCCCAGGGGGAUUCGGUCUGGCUUGGCCCUCGAGUUACUGAACUCAAGGGUCACCUCGAAUUUCCUUAGCCCAAGAGAUCCAAUGUGGAUGGUUUAGAUUGAAUAAGAUGCAAUCUUUCUGGAAGGGUAACCUUGUUAAGGCUGAUCAUAAUUGUCCAUCAAUCACUUAUAAAUUUUGUAACCUGAGUUAACCAACUCGGUUGAUGGAGAAAGCUUCACUUAAUUACUCUUGAAAUAACUCAUCCUCUUAAUAUGGUACCCGUUGCUUUUUUUGUUAACUGCUGCAGCUGUUGCGUAAUUACUUUUGCUCUAAUUGCAUCCUUUUAAUACAACACCUUUUACUUAA